UAACGCCCACAGAAGCAGACCGAAUCCUCAAAAUCUCGUGAUGCUUCGGAGACAACUAAACCGGAGCCCUGCGUGUCUUGGCCAAAGCUCGUGUUAUUUGACGUAAAUGACGUGGACCAAGCUCUAAUUGGUGCAGAGGAUGCCGAGGCUAACAAGAAAGACAAAGGGCACACCAGAGGGCAGUGGUGUCACUGGUGGCCUGGCAGAAGGAGGCAGCAGUGUACCAUGUUCAUCCCCCUCAUACAGGACGCGGGCUAGGGUGGCAGCCUGGGCACAUGGCUCGUGGGGAAGGGAAGGAACGGCUAGGAAGGUGACAGACUCCCCAGUGGAUGCAGAUGGAAACAGGAACCUUGAAGCUAAGGGUCAUGGGAGCCGGAUGGUGCUGGUGCAGGACCCAAGUAGAGUGAGAAGAGUGGCUGGCAACAAUUUCCUGCAAACUGGCUCCUCAGGUCUCUCCAUAGAGCAGCAGAGUACAUGCAGCUAUUUUCAGGAUAUUUCGUUGUUAGGUAAGAGGUCUGAUCUCAAAACAUUUCCUCUGCAACAGUGUCAUCAGGAUGCAAGGCAAGAGCAGGGUCUUGAAGUGCCAGUAAGGUGCAGCAGGAUGGAUAAGGAUGUGGAGCAAGGCCAGAGCACUGAAACAACAGUAAAAUGUGGGACAGACAGCUGCUCUGGUGCUAAUGUAGAGUGUGUCAAGAUACAACAAACUCCCCUCAUGAUGCUCAGUAUUCAGAAAGUCAACUCUAAAGAGAUAUGGAUCACCAGGUAUGUUGGCCAGCAGCCAGGGCAGCAGCACCAAGGCUGUGCAGAUGCAAGUGAACCCGUAAUGGAGGAGGCAAAGACUUCCACAGUGCUGUCAGUCACAGAGCAGGAAAUGCCUAUGUCUCAAGGCUGUAGUGUUGGUAAUAUGAUAAAGAAAACAUCAGAUGACAGGAGUUAUGUCAUUGAUUCUGCGUUGUCUCCAGUGCCAUCCUUUAGGGAAACCCUCAACCCAGCAUAUGACAUGAUGGAAAGUUAUGCUGAUCUAGUGGUGAAAGAAGGCUCAUUUGGACCCUCCAGCUGCAGAAUAAACAAAAACCCACCAGUUCUUUCUGUGUCCUCUACAUGCACAAUGCCAAUGGUGUCUGUGACCUCUGCAUAUACUGUGCCAGUGCUGCCCAUGUCCUCUGUAUGUCCAGCACCAGGGAUGUCUGUGUCUACUGUAUGCACAGCGCCUUUUCCCACUAGUGCCUCAGACUACAUGGAUGACAAAGAUGCCUUGGUGUUGCUCCGAAAUACAGCAUUUGAAUCACUCUCAGAAGCAAGGGCAACAGAACCCAACAUUUAUGCAAGUUACCCAAGAGCCCAGUGCAGAAUUACCCCAGUCACUGCUGGCUACAGAGACAUGAGUAUCCCAGACAGGCAAGACAGUAGCCUGCAUGUAAACAGUAUUGCUCAGAACGGCAGUGUUGGUGGUGGUGGUGACUCUGUGAUUAAUGUCAUCCAUUCAAAUUUUAGCAACACAGGUGCACACCAGCUGGACCCCAGCAGUGGGUUGGUCAGCUUCCAGGGUGGCCAGGUGGUGUGGACUGCUCAGGACCCAAAAUUCUCCAUCACAAGCAUCAUACCAAGUGGCAAAAACUCAGAGGGCCUCAUGGAUUCCUUGCAAAAUGGUGAAGUAGGAAAUAGUGUCAGUGCCCCUUCAGAUGUGAGGCAAACAGAGUCAGCAGUACAAGAGCAAGAGUACUUGUAUGUGGAGACUAAUCACAUCACUCACAUGAUUGAUGAGUACUUGAGUAAAGAUGCAUGUCACAGUGAGGCAGACUCAAGGAUGCAGGGUGUCAACUAUAAGGGUUCAAACUAUUUAGCUCAUAGCAGAGAUGCAAUUGUCCUUAAUGAAACUGAAAGGAAUUGUACUUCAGUAGGAACAGGAGACAUUUUUGGCACCUCUAGUAAAAAAGUAUGCUGCACGAGAGCCCGAGGUGUUGGGGAGCUAAGACUCCUCUCUGAGGGGGAAGAUACGUCUGCCUUGCCUCCCACACUGAGUGACUUGAUGCCCGAGGAUGAGGGUGGACUGAAUGACUUCACACCAUCAGAUCAAGAUUACACCUUACUACCACUCUGGACAUUCAGUGGGGAUGAGGGAAACAGUCAUGGAUUUGACAUUGAGAAGCCACAAGUCUCCGGCAGUGUGAUGAGAACAACAUGCAUUGAUUCCACCAUUACUUGUCCAAAGACCACAAGCUCUGAAGAUGGUAAUUUCAGUGUGAAUGAUUUCAAUGAUCUACUUGAUUCACUCCUUCAGGAUACUGAUAAAGAAAAAGGAAGAAGUCACACAGAAAUGAAACAUACCUUUUAUGAAAAUACAGAUUUUCCUGCCUGUCACAUAACAAGUGAAGAAACACCUGUUAAAGAAACAACUGAGUAUAUUUUGAGAGACAUGAACAGAAUGAGGCUUGGUGUAGGCCUGGCAAAAAGUGAGCCUUGCCCCAAACCUGUUCUGGCCCAGGUGGAGGAAGACCCAAGUGAAAACAUUGUUAUUCUGGGGCCUGAUGCUUUCCAGCGCCUACCCAAGCCUACCACAAAGACUCUUCAAGGGAACUGCCUAAUUCCAAAUCUCGCCACAGCUGGAAAAGUUCCCCACACUGUAUCUUUUAAGACGGUGCCAGCUGUUCGGACACCUGUCAUUCAGAAUAUAACCACUGUAUACAGACCCAGUGUGCAGCCGACCACCACCACCACUACUGCCAAACAGUCACAGCCACAAGAGAAUACCAAUUAUGUCAAGAUAUUGCCUAAGGGUUCUUCAGACAGCUGUAGCACAAAGAAACCAAGUGAAGCAUCAUGUCACCAUCCAUCAACAUUGGUGCCAGCUCCGCAGAUCAAAAGUAGCUGCCAUGUGUCCAAGAAGACAGAGAUGGUUUUGCCUGUUGGAGGAACUGGCAUGAGCAUAAUCAUCCCUAAGUGCACUCCUGUGAGCAUUGCCUCCUUUGUACAUCCCAGAAGCCAUGACGUAAAUACCAAAACAGUCCCUGAUCAUACGUGGCCAGGAGUGAAGAGCACCCCAGAGGAAGAGGAUGCUGUAUUGCUUCAAGCCACCAAUGCUCCAGCCACAAUGAGUGAUGAAUUGUGCUUAAAUGUGAAGAAAGCAGACAUUACCCCAGCAGUAACAAAGCUGAGCAAGGUGCCCAUCUUGACCUCAUCCUCAGCAGAGUUGGUGCCUCUCUUGUCCUCAGUGCCGCUUGUGCUUCUGGCUCCCGUCAGUGAACAGUCUCUCAUGAUCCGCUCAGUACCAGAAAGCAUCCUUUUAUGCAACACUAGUGCACCUUCAGUAUCAGGUUAUGGUGCUCAAGCCACAAGGAAAGCAGGAACAAAAUGUUGCCUUACAAUUCCUGUUCAUCCUAAUGCCAGCAAAAAUGAAAAGAUAGAUUCUGCCGUGUGUUCUCCACAAAUCAGUGCAACAUCUGGCUUGAAAAGCAGUAGUGUUACCUCUUCAAGCACCAUACAGACAAGAGCUCAUAGUCAGAGGAGUGCAGAGACCAAAACUGUGGCAGAUUCUUGGAAACACCAGCCAAGAAAGAAACCUUACUCUGAUUCUGUCAAGACCAGGAAAUUGCUACAAGAGGAUCUGAAGGAGUUACUUCCAAACUUCUCAGAUUCUAUACUCACCGUUCUAGACUUGCCACCAAGGGCCGUCCACCGUGGCUUCUUCUACAUGGGAGAGGUGAAGGCACUGCGCAACCAGGCACUUGGUAUUCAGCUGGAGACGCUUUACAGAGACCAUGUUUAUUCCUGCACAUCAGAGACCUGCCUAACUUGUGUUGCUUUCUGUGACCAGAAGGCAGCUCUCUCACAGGCUGAGAGGGAGGUGCAUGUCCCUGGUAUAGAGAAAACAGGUGACAAGAGAAAGAAGCAGUUAAGAGGAAAAAGAACAAAGGGUUAUGACAGUGAGGAUGAAGAUGAGCUGCUCUUCAGCUCUCCGUCCCCACAGCCAGUGAAGAAAAGGGAUAAUAAAUGGGAUGAAUCUGUUGACCAGGAAAAUGUGCACUCAAGUAACAUAAAGGAAACCAAUGAAAUACAUUCCAUUCUGCCAGAGAGGAGUAGUCAGGUGUGGGGAGAAGUCAGAAUGAAGCGUUCCAAGUCAGAUACCAACCUUCCCCUUCAUAGCAAGAAAACAAAAGUCAUAAGGGAACACCAUAGAUACAGCUAUGAUGACUCCUGCCUUACCUCUCACUUCCUUCCUUUGAGCCCAUCAAGAACCUCUCCCAGACCAUCACUCAGGAGGUGGAAGAAGUUGACUACCAGGAAGGAAGUGCCUCAAAAAACCAAACAUCAUACAUAUUCUCUGAGAAGUGACCAGUGGGCCUCCCUCAUUAGAGCAACUCUUGCUGAUUUGAGGUUGAAGCAAAAAUUAGAAAGAGGUCAUGUGCCGUACAGUGAGGGGCAAGAGGAAGGAGAAAGCAAGACAUUGUGUGGCAGUCUCCCUCAAGAUACCAUUGUUGUGGACAUUCUCUCCAUCACUGUUGGGACACAUGAUCUCAGUGUCCAGGGAGAGCCUCCUUACUGUUCCAAGCUCUACGUCUGCUUCUCUGAUAGAAAAUUGGUGUAUGCCCUUAGCACAAGGAAGCAGGCUGUGAAUCGCAGUGAAGAGGACAUGUCACCAAGAACAAGGAGUAAAGCCAAAGAAGCAUUGAUGAAGGAGGCACAGCAUGCACGGAUAAGCUCACCACCACAGGAUAAAGUCGCCCCGCAUCCCUUCAUCUUCAUUGUCGUGCCGUUUGACUCCCUGCUGUCCUUGAACGUCACCUCCAAAAGAGUGGUGGUGGUGGUGGACACCCUUCCCUCCAUCUGCCUCAUGACUUGGAAGGAAGGCUGUUGGUUGAGCCUCUCCCAGAACCACCCAGUCAGCCCCGCCUGCCGGUCCCACCUGGCCCUCACCAAGGCCCUGCUGGCAGUGUUCCCCAUGCACCAGGUUCUGUGUGGCUCAGGCUUACCCUCACCACUCACAGCAUUGGCUACAGGAAGUACUGUUGAGACUAACCUGCUGGUGCUACGAGAAAUGCAGAGUGAGGCCUUGCAGAGGAGUCUGGCCAAAUCCUCUGUGUGGUUCAGACAGAUACUAGACUGCUCUUCUCCUAUCCAGGGUGACCACAUUCCCUCUUGGGCCCUCCCUUCCCCUGCUGUACUGGGUGACCUCACCUCCACUGGUUUGCCCACCACACCCUCCCUCACCUCCAUCACUUCCCCUAGCAUACCAUCCUUCACCUCCACCACCUUGUCUAGCUCACCAUCCUGCACCUCUGCCCUCACGUCCACCUUCACGUCCACUUCCGCUCUCACCUCUGUCCUCCACAAGUCAGCCACUUCCAGCACCUUGUUAACCAUUCCAGAAGCAGGCCAGUGUUCAGAGGAGGCUCACCAAGUACAGACCCUGAGUCCUAUGGUGUGUGGUGCAGGAGCCUCCCUUAGCUCCUCUGCCCCCAGCACUGAAGCACCAAUUGUAUCAGCUGUGAGAAGUGUCCUACAGGCUAAUGGAUUAAUGCAUGCCCUGCCCAUCAGCCAUCCCUUGCAGUAUCCUCCCAAUAUCCCUCAGGAGGAAGGCUGCUCCUGUAAGGGAAUGUGUCGAACAAGAGAGUGUCCCUGUGCCCGGGCAGGUGGUGUGUGCCUUCCCAAGCUCUCCUGUUUCUGCCAGGAGUGUGACAACCCCCUCAAUGUGUUGCACACCUUUGGCCUGGAUGUGUGCCUGGCUCGCACAGACAAGUGCCUGAUGCAGAACCUUUACAGUUAUAAUCUGGCUGGGCUGUGCACCCUGCUGGUGUCUCCCGUGGUGCUGCCAUGCUGUGGAGCAUCACCCAAACUAUUUCACAUCAUCCCCGGCACAGUGGCAUGUGCAGUGUGCAGCACACCUGUCAGCUACUCCUGGUGCAGCCACCACAUCCACCUGCAGGGCCUUUGUCCUCGUAACCACUGCAUUAAGUGUUGGUGCUGCAAGCCUGUCUUCCACACACACUGCCAGAGGUGUGAGCAGUGCACCAGGUCUGUGCUGCAGGGACAGUGUGCAGAAUGUGGCACUAAUAAGUCAAAAUAAGUAAAUUUUUGUGUUUUGUUUCCUAAAAUGGUUCCAUGGUUGAAUAUGUUUACUUUGAUUUUCUUACGAGAAAUAGUUUUUUCAUGUAAUUUAAAACUAAAUGUUCAUGUUACAUAUAUGAAAAUAUCAUGUGGACAAUAAUGCGCAUGAAGUACUGAUUGCCAGUACAGUGAUGUGAAACUGUUGACUGAACUGUGGAAAGGCAGUGCCAACCCAUUACUUGUCUGCUUAAUGAAGGUCAUAGAAUGAACCUGUUUCUGGUUGAUAAGGUAAUGAAACUUGGUUUCCCUGUUAAUUUCAUGUGAUUUUGUAAGGACACUUCCAGGCACUAUGAUGAUAGGACUCCAAAAGUCUUUUCUUAUCACCCCAAACUAAACAUAAUUCAUGUCAGUUUUGUGGAAUGGAUAAGCAUGUACUGAAUGCUUGAAUCCUUUAGUGUGUAGCAGUAAUUAAUUCCAGUUACUUGUUUAAGUAAAAAGUAGGCAUGUCUUGACUCUUUGUUGUCUCCUUGGGCCACAAAAAGGUUGUCUAGGAAACUAGCAUGUGGGAAUGACUCGGGUAAUUAUCAUGCCAUGGGAAAACUCUUACCUGGAAUAAAUGCAAAAACAAUA